CCCAUUUUUCUUCCGUCACCGAGUCUGAGAUGUGCAGCGGGGAUUCUUGAGCACUGGUGAAGAAGAUUUUGAAUCUCCGCAAGCUCGAAAGAAGCGACGCGAGGCACAAUACUGCAUUGAGUCGGGCAUAGUGUCUGAAGAAUCUCAAUCUUCCGUCACCGAGUCCGAGAUGCGCAGCGGGGAUUCUUGAGCAGUGGUGAAGAAGAUUUUGAAUCUCCCCAAGAUCGAAAGAAGCGACGCGAGGCACAAUACUGCAUUGAGUAGGGCAUAGUGUCUGAAGUAUCUCAAUGGGAAACAGACGAGUCCGACUGUCUCUGAUCCUGCUCUGUUUCAUUCCUGUUCUCGUGGAAGGGCGGGCACGGAGCAAGGCGAAGAAGUUUCAAACGCUCCAAAUCAAUGGCCCGCCUGAUUACAGCUCGAGGGUAGCAGAUGCAGCGACGUCUGCGGGCAGAACACAAUUCCAACACGACAAGUCUGAUGGGCUUGUCGUUGAAUUGUGGCACAGAAAUUCGCCGAAUUCGCCUUUUCUUCCGAAGGAUGCGAAGCACGAAGACCUCGUGAAGCAGAGUCUUCUUUGGGACAAGCAGCGUCUCGCGAUGUUUUCCGACAAGAUUGAAAUGGCGUCCCGAGGCCUCACGAUGAACAACCUCAGCGUGCCACAAGACCCAUCGUCCAUCAAUGUGGAUGCAAGUUCUGAUACCGCCAAUGUGGUGAGCCCGGUAAUAUCAGGACUGACUCUCGGCAGUGGGGAGUACUUUACGAGGAUGGAGGUUGGAACCCCAGCGGAAGGUACUUAUUUGGUCGUGGAUACUGGGAGCGACCUCCUCUGGAUGCAGUGCAACCCAUGCAGCCAUUGCUACUCGCAGCCUGAUCCAAUAUUCAACCCCAUGAACUCAUCUACUUUCGAUGUGGUUUCUUGCUAUUCAAGUUCCGGUUGGUGCCAAGCUCUAAAUGUCGGAGGCUGCAUAGAAGACAAGUGCCUCUAUCAGGUGAAUUAUGGGGAUGGUUCCUUUACUAUCGGGUACUUGUCAUCGGAGACCUUCACCAUGGGCACUACCAAGGGAGGAGAUCGGGUGAAAAUAAAAAACGUUCCAUUUGGAUGCGGAUAUGACAACGAGGGUCUUUUCGCUGGGGCAGCCGGAAUUUUGGGCCUGGGGAAGGGCAGUCUGUCAUUUCCCAACCAGCUGGAAUCUCGCUACUCAAGGAGAUUUUCCUACUGCUUGACCAACAGGGAGAGUGGGGAUGAGAAAUCUAGCUCGCUGAUAUUCGGAGACGCUGCCAUCCCUACGGGUAGUUCACAAAUAAAGUACACACCCCAGCUACUCAAUGAGAAGAUUCCCUCGUUCUACUACGUGCGGCUGACGGGCAUCAGCGUGGGUGGUUCAUUGCUGGAGAUACCGUCGGAGACCUUUCAGCUGACGCCGAGUACUGGCAAGGGAGGAGUCAUUGUUGAUUCGGGGACCUCCAUCACAUGGUUCAAUUCUGCUGGUUACAACAUUGUGAGGGACGCGUUUCGGGAUGGAACUGAAAGUCUUCCUGGCACUUCCCCAUUUGACCUUUUCGAUACUUGCUACGACCUGUCGAACUUCACGUCCGUGCAGGUGCCUACCCUGACUUUGCACUUCGAGGGAGGGGCAGAACUCGAACUGCCAGCCAAAAAUUAUGUCAUCCCGGUGGACGAGAUCGGCAGAUACUGCCUGGCAUUCGCGCCGUCUUCGAACAAUUUUUCGAUCAUCGGAAAUGUCCAGCAGCAAAAUUUCCGUGUUGUGUUCGAUAACGUGGAGGGUCGCAUCGGUUUCGAGCCGGACCAGUGUUACUAGAAUUGCGUCAGCUCGAGCGAGACAUUCUUCGUUUCUUGACGACGUAAAGUUCUGUAAAUUUCUGUAAACUUAGUUCAGUAGAUGUUAGAUUAGUAGGUCAUGUUCUAUAGGAGCUCCGGCUCAGCUGUACUAGUGGCACUUUAGAAGUAGAACGUUACAGGCGGCAACUACAUUCUGCAGUGUGAGAGUGAGUGUUGGUGGAGUUUCCUCCCGGAAACUCUAGAGCGUUAGAAAACUUUACACGAAUUUGAUGCGCACGGCUUUGGUCCCUUUUAUUCCGAGCCCUCUUUUUUCGACUGUCUUCGUAUUUGAAGAUGCUUAAUCAUUUAAUACAUCC